AUGGACGAACUCGUGCCCGUGGUGAAUCGCCUGCAGGACGUGCUACUUUCGCUUGGCGCGGCGUCUGCAGUCAGCGUCGCUCUCGACUUGCCGCAGAUCGCGGUUGUGGGUGCGCAGAGCGUUGGCAAGUCUUCUGUUCUUGAGGCACUUGUCGGCAGAGACUUUUUGCCGAGAGGCACCGGAAUCGUCACGCGCAGGCCCCUGAUUCUUCAGCUGCGGAAUGCGCCGCACGCGUCCGAGGAGUACGCAGAGUUUCUGCAUCGGCCUUCGCAGAAGUUCACCGACUUUGGCGAAGUGCGCAGCGAAAUCGAGCGCGAAACCGAGCGCGUGAGCGGCCGCCACAAGAAUAUCUCGGCGUCGCCAAUCGUUCUGAAAAUCUUUUCUCCCCACGUCAUCGACUUGACGCUAGUCGACCUGCCGGGCAUCACCAAGGUCCCCGUCGGCGACCAGCCCAGCGACAUCGAGACACAAAUUCGUAGAAUUGUUUUCCAGUUCAUUUCGAAGCCAUCGACGAUUAUUCUCGCGGUGACCGCGGCCAACACCGACAUCGCGAACUCCGACAGUUUGAAGAUCGCGCGCGAAGUUGAUCCCGAGGGCUUGCGCACCGUGGGCGUCGUCACGAAAGUAGACACGCUGGAGGAAGGCGCGGACUGCAGCGACUUGCUGAGGAAUAAAGUUGUCCCUCUCAAAGCGGGCUACGUCGGCGUCGUGUGCCGAGGGCAGAGGCAAACGUCCGACAAGCUUUCAAUUCGCGAGGGCCUGAAGGAGGAAGCGGCCUUCUUCCGGUCACACGCCGCGUAUCGGGCGAUUGCGCAUAAGCAGGGGAUUGCCUAUCUGGCUAAAUUGCUGAAUCAGAUGCUUAUGAAGCGCAUUCGCGAAGUGCUUCCCGAGCUGCGCAGCCGCAUCUCGCACUUGCUGCAGAAAACCGAGGCGGAGCUCGCAACAUACGGCGAUCCUCUGCUUGAAGCCAAGGCGAAUCCCGGCGCACUCCUUCUGCAUUUUUUCUCGCGAUUCGCGCGCAACUUUCAGGACGCGAUCGACGGCAAGCUGCAGGCGCAGCAGUCCUCUGAGCAGCUUAUGGGAGGCGCACGGAUCAACUUCAUUUUCCACGAUUGGUACAGCCGCGCGUUGACCGAGUUCGAUCCGCUGGAAGGUCUCUCAGACCACGAAAUCCGCACUGCGAUUCGGAACGCGACUGGCCCGAAGGCUGCUUUGUUUGUUCCGGAAGGCGCGUUCGAGAUUCUUGUGCGCCGGCAGAUUCAACAACUCGAAACGCCUUCUCUGCAGUGCGUUGAACAAGUGUAUGAAGAGCUGCAGAAGAUCGUGGAGAAGUGCGAGCUGCCGGAGAUGGCGCGGUUCAGCUGCCUGCGCGAGCGCGUCAUGGAGGUCGUUCGCGGCGUCCUCCGCCGCUGCCUCGCGCCGACUAAUCAGAUGAUUCACAACAUCAUUCAGAUUGAGCUGGCGUACAUCAAUACAAAUCACCCAGACUUCAUGAACAACCGCUUUGGGCCGCCGUCACACGACGCGCCGCACUGCCGGCCGUCCUCCGCGGCUGCCUCGCAGGGCAGGCGCUCGUCUGCAGGGUCGCAGCCGCGGUCGUCGUCGCACUCGCGCGCCUCAUCCGGCGUGGGCAUCUCCGUUCACUCGCCCGACUGCCAGAGCGGCGCUUUGAGCGCCGCGCCCUCCACUCCGCUCCUAAGUGCGCCGCCGCCCAUGUCCCAGCAGGGUCACCAACACGCCGCAGAUGUGCCCGCCGAUCACCUCGCCAGCGCUGGAAUGCUCAGUCAGGGCGGUUUUUUCGCGUUCCUGAAGGGCGCCCGACCCGCCACCUCUCUGCUGCCGUCUGCUUCCUCCUCUUCGCUGCCUGCUGCGACGUCGGCGUCUUCAUCCUCGCCGCAGUUGACUUCAGCGGUCUACGCGGAUCAAAAUUCCCCGGGGAGCUCGGAAGGCGCGUCGUCCUCCGCUCUCUCCACGCACCGCCCCGGCUACGCGUCCAGCGAUGAAAACCGUCCCGGCGUCUUCGGCGGCAACUCCGCCAUGGCUGCCCUCGAGCGCUUCCGAGUAAGUGGAAUUUGUCUGCCGCAGGUCCCAUCGAUCGUCGCCCCCUCCAUGGUGCCUUCUGAGCGAGAGCAGAUUGAAACGGACUUAAUCAAAAGCCUCAUUUGGUCAUAUUUUCAGAUCGUCAGAAAAAACGUAGCGGACGCAGUCCCGAAAUCGAUCAUGUACUUCAUGGUCAACACUGCGAAGGACGUCCUGCAGCGAGAGCUCGUCGCCCAGCUUUACCGCGAAGAGUUGUUUGGGGAGUUGAUGAAGGAGGCAGACGACAUCUCAGAGCGGCGCACGCAAUGCAAGCUCUUGCUCAGGUCGCUUCGCAGCGCCGGCGAAAUUCUCACGCAGAUCCGCGACUUCGCUCUCUCCGAUGGGCCUUCCUGUGCCGCCGGCGCGCGGUGA